UGCUCUCCGAGGACACAACACAACCGAGUAGACCUGGACACUGGUCACAACUGUUCGCCACGACUCGUCCCUUUCCUCCUUCCCCCCCAUGUAGGACCAGCAAGAUUUUAAAGAACAAAAGCCAACGCAGUCCAGGAGAUCCCAGGCUCUCCCUGCCAAGGAUGAGGCGCUAAACUUUCGGGAGGGGGGAAAAAAAGUUCUGCAAAGAGUGGGGAGGAGGGCGGGGAGGGGAGGAGAGAUUGGGCAAGCGGCUUGUGUGUGCGUGUGUAUGUGUGUGUUCCUGUUGUACCUGCGAGAUGGAAGGGAGCUUCAAGUGCGCCGUACCUCUGGUGUUGUUCUGCGGUUGGUUUAGUGGGGUGCACCUGAAGAGCCCAAGUUGCCACGAAGUGCGAACUGCAUUCCAGCUCCGGCAGAUAGGACCACUCAAGUUGGUGCCCGACACUCCCGGGAGAGAUGGGGAUUUACAGAUCUGUAUGCAUAACGAGCCAACUUGUUGUACAAAGAGAAUGGAAGAGCGGUAUCAAGUAGUGGUGCGCCGAGAGGUCCUACAGAGCAUCCAGUUUCUGAGCUUUGAACUGAAAUACAGAAUUGAAAAGAAUGGCGGGGCUUUCCAAGAGGCCUUUAAAUUGUUGAUACACAUUGCAACCAAUCACACCAACUCUAUGUUCAAGACAGGGUACAGAACAAUGGCAAAGGAAGCUUCAGAGGUGGUGAAGGGGUUGUUUACCGACAUCUCUCUGUAUGUUCUGGAUUUGGGCGCAAGUAUUGAAGACGUUGUCCUGAGUUUCUUUGAUAGUCUCUUUCCAUUGGUUUACAAUCGACUGAUACACCCAGGACUCAGUGAGGUUUCCGUGGAUUAUUCAGAAUGCCUCCGAUUGACCAGACAGGAUAUCAACCCCUUCGGAUCCUACCCUAUGAAGAUGGCAGCUGAACUGUCCAGACCCCUUCAGGCAAUGAAAACUCUUCUACAAGCCCUGAACAUAGGCAGUGAGGUGAUAAACAUGACUGAGAAUGUUGCUUUCACGCGGGAGUGUACCAGAGCCUUGGUGAAGAUGGAAUACUGCUCUCACUGCCAUGGACUGACUCUGAUCAAGCCAUGUGUUGCCUACUGUCUCAAUGUCAUGCGGGGCUGCCUGGCGAAUAUCGCAGAUAUUGAUCCCCAUUGGCGGGAUUACAUUUCGAAUCUGGACGAGCUCACCAGUGUCAUUAUGGGAUCGCGAGGUGUGGAGCAGGCGUUGCUCAGGGUGGCCCCACUCGUGAAUGAAGCCAUUUUGCAUGCCCAGUUGAAUGGACCGGAAAUUUCCACAACAGUGAGUAAGGUUUGUGGACAGCCCCAAGAGCGACCAAUAGCGACAGUGCUAGUAAGCACUGUACGGACGCCAGCCACAGUCAACUUCAAACCACAGGCCGUCACUCAAUUCGCCAACCUGACCCAGAGAAGAAGCUCGCUGCCUCUGAAAGAAGUAAAGACUGAUAGGCCCAGGACAAUGAAACAGAACACUCGAGACUUCAUGAACUACAUCCGGAGGUACAGGACCUUCUAUGCAUCUCUGGCAGAACAAAUCUGUGAAGGUGAACUUCUUCCUCAAGAUAGUUCGACCUGUUGGAGUGGAAAGGAUGUGGUUGAAAGUUACACAAACAGGGUCGUUGGGAAUGGACUCAAAGAACAGGUCAACAACCCAGAAGUGAAAGUCCGAGGACCUGACCCAAUGGUCAAACAAGUCAUCGACAAGCUCUUGUAUAUUAACAAGAUGCAGCAUGGCAAAGCAACCAAGGCAGCACAGUGGUCCUUGAGUGAAGUCGGCAGUGGCGAGGGCGAGGACACAGAGUCGAGCGGAGAGUGCGAUGAUGAAGACGGGUGCACAGGAUCUGGAAGCGGAGCACCAGGAAGGCAGAAGAAUACAUAUGCGCCAGAGGACCGGUGGGCAAAAAACAAGAUUUUCCCAGCUGUAGCCCCCACUCUGAGGGGAGCCAAGAUGACAUCUCCAAGCUCAUCACCCAGCACCACAGCACAUAGCAAACCAGGAGCAGCCCCCAAUCACUGCAGCCCAUUAUCUAUUGCCAUAAUCACAACAUUGGGGCUGCUGUGUCAUUGGUUGUUAUAGUUGCAAUGUGUUACGGCUACAGUAGCCUGCCUUUAUUUAUCCAGUAUUACAAUCAUCACGCAGCUUUUUUUCUUAUUGGAGGUCAGCUGAUGCUUUAGGAUCUGUGUUCUUGUAAUAUAGUCGAGAGCUGCAAUAUACUAUAGCAAACUAUUGUUCUAGAAGCGUUCUGUUUGAACAAAACAAAUCAUGUGAAAACUGUACAUAGUUUGUAAAAAAAAACUAGAUUUAGAGGUAAAGUAUCUGCCAGACUACAAAUACGUAAUCAUUUUUGAGCAUAAUCUGUGUGAACAAAUGUCCUUUCUCCUGCACAUUCAUCUCUAAGGCAAUGCAUUUGUUUUCUCAGUGUAACUCACAGCUACUUAAGGCCUGAUAUACCUUCUUGCAUUGCAGCUUGUUCCUUUAAUUACAUAGAUUUAUCACUCACUCCUCUGCUGAGCAGGCAUAUGAUGACAUGUGCAGUCAUGAGCCUUAGGUCCAGAAGACCACAUCUUUGAUCCCCUACAAGCCAGAUGGAAUAGUUGUCUGGGGUAUCAUUAUUGGCCUCAUUACUUCUGGGCUAGAGAAGGGACAGGGCAAGUCAUACCAGGACUUGAUACUGAUGAUAAUUACACAGUGGGUGCUGCUGAACAAUGGCAACAUGGGCAACUGGAUCCAGUUGUAGUUUUAAGGUUGGUCAACCUUGACUUUAUCCAAGUGGGCCCCUUAGUGCGGGACAUGCAAGACAACCCCAAUCCUCCCAGUUUGCCAUGAAGGUAAGGCUUGAUGAACAGGCCCUUCAGCCCACUGAAUCCAUGCUGACCACUCGCACUCAUGUUGACACUAAUCCUACCCUGAUCCAUUUUAUUCUCCCCCACUUUCCCCCAAAACUUAACCCCCAGUUUCUACCACUCACCUACCCACUUGGGGCAAUUUACGGUGACUAAUUAACCGACCAACACUCACAUUUUUGGGAUGUGGGAGGAAACCGGAGCACCCAGGAGAAACUCACACGGUCAGAGAGAGGACAUACAAAUUCCACACAGACGACACCCGAGGUCAGGAUUGAACCCAGGUUUCUGGAGCUGUGAGGCAGCAGAUCAACUAAGUGUGCCACUGUGCUGUCCCAACUGGUGAGACAGCCUUUCCUGUAGAAACUAUAAAGAUGCCUUUCCUUUAAUGACAAGUUUUUGGUGAGGGGGCAGGGUUUAUUACACUUACAAAACUGUUUUCAACAUUUACAUGACUGCAGAUCAGAUUUCUCAAGGCCAGUUGCUGUCUCCACCUGGAUUUUGAGGUCUGCUGUAACUAUAGCUGAGUGUUUUCAGUUAAAUGUGUUUCUCUUUUGUUGAAAGAAAACAGUGAUUUUAUUUGUAACCUGAACUUGUCUUUCAGAAAGGAGACCAAUUCUACGUUACAUAAGAAGUUUACUGUUUGUAAUCCUCCUCAGUGCCCUAAUAGUUAUCCCACCAACUGACGCCAGACAACCAAUAAUUAUCAUAUUGCUGCUUGUGUUGCAGCUCAGUUUGCCGCACUCAUUUCACACACCUCAAGCCUGGCAUCUCCUCGGACCACUCUGCUCUUCUGCUCCCAUACUAUCCUGUCCAUCCGCAUCUCAAGCUUGAUUUCUCCUCUCCUCCAUCUCUUCGGACAAGACAUUAACAAAGGCCACAGCUGAACAUCAAGGUAGACAUAAAAGGUCCCAGUGACCUUGUUCGAAAAAGAGCGGGUGAUUCCUCCCUAAUUUCUGAACAGACAGUCACCCCUCAACCAGCACUGAGUAGCUUGGCUGCCCCAUCUCCUGACAUUACUGCAGUGACUGCACUUCUAAAAUAUAUCAUCUGCUGACGAGCAUUUUGAAUCCUGAGGUCAUAAAAUAAGCUCAAUCUAAAUGUUUUCUUUCUUUAAUUUAUCCCUUCUAUACACGGUCUAUUAUUUAGAAAGUCAGAAGUUUACAUUUAAGAGGUUGCUGAACAACUGUACGCUUCGAAGUUUGUAUUUCUUGGCCACAUGUGCGUAACAGAUGGUUGAUGAAGCAACCAGAAAGCCUCCCCUCUGCUCACAACUCUCUUCCUACUAUCCUCAUUCCAGCUGCAAAGCCUGGGAAGGAUCCUCUUUAUGAUCACAUCUGGAAGUGCCAACUCUCUCCAAAAGGAAAUGCAUUUCCGCUCCAAAAGAAACAGUUGCCUUCACCGCCCUGAUGAUCAAUCCCACCCCUCUGCGGGUGGUAAGCAUCAGAUCUCAGCCAAAGCUGAGUCACUCUAGCGGUAUCACUGUUCCGCAUCUACCUCCUGUCGACAUCCAGAUGUCAUUGGUCAAUGCUUCACCAGAUGUUGGUGACUUAACUUCAUUAGAUCACUCAGUUAUUGAAAAAAAAGUGGAAAGUUAGGCAGUGUGCUUUGGCGAAAGAUGUCUUUUAUCAGAUCAAGAGCUCGGCAAGAAUACUUUGAAGCCUUUGGAUGAGGCUUCACUCCGCAUCCUCCGCAUAAUCUUAUAAGGAUUUGCAUGGCUGAAAGGUGGCCCAUGGCUUCAUGAAGGAACCCUCCAGCUUUGGAAUAAGGUGCAGUCUUUGACUAUACCAGUACUUGCUUCAUGUGAGGACAGUGCUCCUUAUCACCUUCUCUUCAACCUGUGGACCAAGGGUGGGAGGUGAUGGAGGUGAAAAUCCUUAACUGUUUUUUAAAUCCGCUUCAACAUUUCAUUUUGAGUGACUUGUACAGUGGCUCCCAGUUAAGCAGUGCCUUGGUUUUAAAAUAUCUUUGGUUUCAAAUUUCUCCAUAGCUUCAACCCCUUGUCAUUUCCUCCUGGGUGACAACUCUCCAAGGUAUUUGUCCUUGUACUAUUCUGCAGUGUUGUGCAUGAUGACUUCUAUUGCUUCUCAUUAGCAACCUUGCCUUCAGCUGCCAAGGCACAAGGUCCUGACACUUCCUCUCUAAAUCUAUCUGCUUUUCAUUCCACUGUUAGAUGCUUCAUAAAAACUACCAUUUUCAGACCAAAAGUCACCUGCAUUUCAAAUUUUGUUUUAGAUGCUCCUGAGAAAAACUGUGGGACCUUCUACUAGGUUGGAGACACCGUAUAAGUGAAAUUAUUAUUACAUUUCACUUCACUGGAGAACAGUCAGCAAAACAUUUCAAAGAGAGAUUACUUGUGUCUUAACAUCCUUAACACACAUUUUGUCUUCUGGCCCACUAAAAUUCUUAGAAUGGAAAAUAAAUAAAUCUUGCUGUCCCCCGUUUUCACACUGCCAACAUGGUUAUAUUGGCACUUCAUCUUCAAUUUGGUUGUGUUAUAGUUUUGUUACUGGUAAAACAACCAGAAACCUUGACAAAUAUUGCAUCGUACACAAAUUCAUAAUCCCUCUUUGGCAGUUUAUGGACUAGAAUCCAAUCUUAAAUAGAAAUACGGGAAUAAAAAAAAAGUAAAAGUAACAAUGAAACUAUUAAAACUGACCUAAAGACCCAAAACUAAUGUCCUUAAGGGGGGAAAAGAAAGCUAUUGUCUUUACCCAGUUUGGCUGGUUCAUGACUCUGGUCAUAGAUCAAAGUGGAAAUCUCUAAUUUACCCUCUGAAGUUGCCAAACAAGUCACUCAGUUGUUUCAAGCUACUUGCAUCCCUGUGUGUACCUUCACCACCCAGACUGUAGUUGCUAAAGUAGGCAAAUCAAAACCCCUUCAAGCCCAAUAAGGAUCGUCAGUAAAUGCUGGCUCUUUGAGAAGAACCAUUAAAGCAAAGCUUUGUCUGCCCUCUCAGGUAGAUACAGAAAAUCCUAUUGUUGAGAAGAGCUAAGGAGUUAUUCCCAACCUCUUGGCCAACAAUAAUCCCUCCACCAACAUCACUGAAAAACAGGUGCUUGGUCAUUGCAGCUCGCUAUGUGUAAAUUGUGUUUCCUCUGUCACAAUAGCGACUACUCUUCAGAAAUACUUCAACAGCAGUAAAUCACUUUGAGAUGUCUUGAGAUCUCAAAAGUCUUUCUUUCUUGCUUGUCUGUGUAUCCGUGUGAAUUGUAGCUACAGUGGUGCAUAUGCUGGGUUAAUCUCCAAAACGGAGGACUGCACACACUGCACUGUUUUACUAUAAUAUAUUGCAGCUUUAAAAGAGUUUCCGUCAAAACUAAACAAUACAAUUGUACUUGCUACAUAUUACAGGAAGAGGAAGAGUAACACGUUAAAAAGAAACACUUGCUUCAAUAAACGAGCAGCAACAUUGCUCUUUCACUGCUACACAGAAACUUUGCUGGCUUUGCAAAUGUACUCUCAAUGAGUCCUGGUAUUAAAGAACUGUCUAUUCGACUACCUUUAACAAAGAAAACGAUUUUGCCAAUAAAAUUAAUUAUUUUAUACACAGUAUUUAACCCAUAUGCAUCAGUUUUACCGGAGGAGCAAGGCCUAUAGAAAAUGGCUAACAAUAUAAUUGUAGGGUUAAUUCAAUGUUUGCAUGGGGUAUAAGCUGGAGAUGAGGCUAUAAUAUUGAUAUUUCAGUUAUCAACCCCAGUCUCCUGUUCUGUCUGAAUGCAAGAUGUCCUGGUAACUCUUUGGUAUACACGGAAGAGCCAAUCAAGUAUAGCAUUGCAGCGAGCAGUAAGAAGAGACCAAGUUAGGGAUUGGGUUACACAAUAGGCACAAUGGUAUAAUUCCAGCCUUUCAUCUGCAAGACAUGGAUUGCAAUCCAGCCCACACAGUGUCACAUCUAUGCCCAUCCUAUGUACAAUACAUUGAUAGUAAACUUAGCGUAGAUCCUACAUGGCACAUCCAGAGCAAGAAACUCUGUGCUGUAGCGGCAAUUCUUUAAGCUUCCACCAUUGAGGCUCAUUGGGGAAAUGGAAAAUAUCACAUUGGUGCAAUAACACUUCUCUUCUGACUAAAGAGAGAAAGUACAGCAACACAAUGGUGUAGCUAGUAUAGCCAGUGCCUCACAGCACCAGGGACCCGGGUUCAAUCUGGACCUCAGGUGUUGUCUGUGUGGAGUUUGCAUGUUCUCCCUGUGACCUUAUGGGUUUCCUCUGGGUGUGCCGGUUUCUUCCCACAUCCCAAAGAUGUAUGGGUUAUUAGGUUAAUUAGCUACUGUAAAUUGCCCCAGUGGGUGUAGGUGAGAAGUAGUAUCUGGGGCAGCUGAUGAGAAGGUUGGGAGAAUAAAAUGAGAUCAGUGUAAAUGGGUAGUUAAUGGUUGGCAUGGACUUGGUGGGCCAAAGGGCCUGUUUCUGUGCUGUAUGACUCUAUGACAUUAUGGAACACAUUUGUCAUCAAGCUUUAUAACUUGCCUAUAGAUUAAGUGGUUAGCUUUAUCAUCUUCAAGAGGAAUUUGAAGUAGAUUAGAACUGGGAAGAUCAGAUAUUAAUAGUAUAUAGUUAUGUACAGUAUACAUUAGUAGUAUAUAGAUUCAAGCUCAGUUGCAUAAUUGUUCAGAUUCAGACAUAUCUAGGGAUAACCAAAGCGGUGAGAAAAGAUGAGAUCUAACAAGAUGGGGAUAAUGCAAGUGCCUGCGACAAUGAUAUGAGGAAUGGUCACACAAAUGUUUAGAAAGAUUUCUAAGAGCCCAAGAAGGCAUCCUAACCCCUCAUCAAACUGCCAAAACUGUGGCUGGAAAAUCAAGGGCACCAGAUUUGAAAGACAGAGGCGUAUUUCUGUGUUGGUGCCAAGGUGAUGUUGCAUGCAGUGCUUUAGAGCAGAGUUUCUCGCCUGUGAUGUUGCACUCCAUCACCCAUCAGCCAGCACUGCGGGAGGAAUUUCUGACCACUGCGACCCUGCAUUGUGCCAAUCCCUUGCUGCCUGGCAACCCCCUCUGACCCGAGACAACCAUUAGUUGCAGCCCUCUCCCAGAACACUCCCAGCUGUUCUGCAGUGUUUGACAGGGUUACGGUGGAUGCAGUCAAUCUGCCAACACCAGCUGUUCAGCAGGCAGAUGCACCUCAAGCAGUAUUACAUAAAGCAGAGAAAUGAAGGACAGAUGGCAAGAUUUAAAAAAAAAAUUAAAAUCAAUAAACUGCAGGUUCUAGAAAUCUGAAAUAAAAACAGAAAAGUGCUAGAAAUACUCAGCUGGUCAGACAGGAUCUGUGGGAAGAGAAAGACAAUGUUUCAGGUCUGAGGCCAUCAAUUCUGAAGGGUUCUAAACCUGAAAUGUUAACUCUGGUUCUCUCUCCACAGAUGCUGCCUGAUCUCCUGAGUGUUUCCAGCAUUUUGUGUUUUUUGUUUCAGAUGGCAAAAUCAGACAAUUGAACCACCCUCCUGUCCUCUCCCUAAGUUCUGAUAUGCUAAGUGUGGGUGCUCUGACUACUGUUAAAGGCUGCAGUGGUGAGAUAGUGUGGUCUAAUGGAUGACUCCCAAGAUUUAUCGUGGCACUUUGAUUAUUACUGGGCCUGUAUCCAGGUGGCACAGUAGCACAGCGAGUUGACCCACUGCCUCAUAACUCCAGCAACCCUGGUUCGAUCCUGACCUCCUGUCUGUCUGGAGUUUGCACAUUCUCCCUGUGACUGCGUGGGUUUCUCUCAGUUGCUCUGGUUUCCUCCCACAUCCCAAAGACGUGCAGGUUGGUAAGUUAAUUGGUCAUUAAGCUGCCCUAGUGUGUAGGUGAGUGGUAGAAUCUGGUGGGAGUAAAUGGAAAUGUGGGGAGAAUAAAAUGGGAUCCUGUAGAAUGUAGAUGCUUGAUGGUCAGCAUAAACUCAGUGGACUGAAGGGCCUGUUUCCUUACUGUAUCACUCUAUGAAAUCAGGACGCUCUUUUCCACACAAAGGACGAUGUCAUAGAAUCUUUGGGAGAUACAGCAUGGAAACAGGCCCUUCAGCCCAUCAAGUUCAUACCAUUGACCACCCAUUUACACUAAUCCUACAUUAUUUCCAUUCUUUAUUCUCAGGAGCUGUGAGGCAGCAGCUCUGUUAGCUGCAUCACUGUGCUGACCAAUGGAUAUCUGAAAGGUAUCUGGCAAAGUCUGUCAAUGCUGGAGCUUCCGGGACAGGGUUAUAGGUUUUUGAUAGGUAAUGGAAUCCAAUGAUACAAGUCAAUGGUAGAUAAAUGAGACUGAGGUACAGAUCUGGCAUGAUUUCUUUGAAUAGGGAUCAGGCUGAAGGCUUUUUCUAUUCCUAUAGUAAUGAGCACAUCAAAUACAGUGUAAUGUAUAUAAUAAUAGCCAUAAAGAGGUUUUAUUCUUUUCCCUUUAAGAGUCGAUCUCCUGUAUAAUGUUGAUAUUCUGUCUAAAUUGUAAUUUAUGGAUUUGCUGGCAAAAGGCCCAGAAAGGUUAUGAAAGUGUUUGUAAUUAACUGAACAAUAACACAAGCACAUUGAACUCGAAUGUGUGUAAUCCAUUGUGGAAGGAAGAAAACAUGUGGGCUGAGGAUAAUGUGCCGCAAGGUAGCUUCUUACAGAAGAUUUGUGCUUCCGUUCUCUGCUUCUCAUCAAUCCUGUAAAUAGACUUCAGUGGCAUUGUGCAAGAGAUGGUGAUAUGCAGUUU